AUGGAUGACCCAACACUUGCACUUCUCUGGGCUUUCACCUGGGGUGCCAUUGGAAUCAUUGGCCUUCGUCUCAUCCUGCGCAAAAUCAGAGGACACGUCUACACUCUCGGCGAUUAUCUCUCCAUAGCAGCCAUCAUUUGCGCCCUAGGAACGAACAAUAUGUCUCCGGGUGCGAGGAAAGCCCAUGUCUUCACACCGGAAGAUAUCCGACGCAGAGAAAUUGCGAGCCAGUUCGUGUUGGCCAACAGAGUCUUCUAUAAUUCCUACUUAUGGAUCGAGAAACUUGUCUUGCUGGAUACAUACCGUCGACUAAUCAGCAAUCUGCCGUGGGAACGAGUCACCCUCAUCACAUACCUUGCCAUCUUUGGAGCAACGUACUUGACCGUGCAGAUUGUGACGUUCAUAGAAUGCAAACCCUUCUAUCUCUACUGGCAGGUGGUUCCAGAUCCAGGAACCUGCGUUGAAGCUCAACUUCAAUUGAUUGUCUUAGGUGUCCUUAGUAUCAUUACAGAUAUAAUGCUGAUCGCUCUCCCAAUUCCCGUCAUUAUUCUGGUCAAGCGAUCCCUGGUGCAGUAA